UAACCAAAGGGAGUCCAUUUCUCACUUUGAUAGUCACUGUUUUCCCAUCACUUUCAUUGAACACCGUAAAGGCAACAACAAUAUUUAUCCAUCUGAUUCUUCAUCUCUGUCCAUCUUCCAGUCUGUUUAUCAUCAUCAUUAUCAUUCCCUCAACUUUAUCUCUCCUCAAUCAUCAUCAUCACUUACCCAUCUUCCUCGAACAUCACUUUUCAUUCAACUUUUCCUUUUCCUUCCUCUUUCUUUAUCCAUGUUUUACUCACAAAAAUGUUCAACGGAAACCGGCAAUUAUACCAACAACAACAACAACAAAAUCAUCAACAAUAACGAUAAUAACAUCAACAAAACCAAAGCCAAUCAAAAACAGUCAAACCAAAUUUGAUUUCAUCCAUUGAACUAUCAAAAGUUGAUUGAAUGUGCGGCUCAACACUAACAUCGUUAUCAUCCCAACCAAUUUCAUCGGUUAAACUUUUCAAAAACUUCAUCUUCAUCGGUUUCACGCUUCUAUUAUCUUCUUCACCAUGUAAAGCAAAAUCAUUUUCAUCCAUUUCUCCAUCUUCAUCAUUUAUAAAUUUCAAAGAAUCUGGUCUUUUCUUAACUUCAACCUUUGACGAUAUCCUGGUUAAUCCUGGAAGCAAUGUCAUCAUUUCAUGUUCAGCCUCUGGUUCACCUUUACCACAAUCGGCUUACUGGUUAUUCAAUGGUAAACCAAUUGAUGCUGAAACUGAUGUUUCCUUUGGUAAACCACAAGUCCGUCGAUUCCCAUCCGAGGUUACAUUGACUUUAAACCUCACUUCAAUCGAUUUAAACAAUUCAGGCCUUUAUUCGUGUAUAUUUCAAAAUGACUUGGCUCGAGUUAGUCACUCGGCUCGUCUUAAUGUUCAUGGAAAUCCGAUAGUCCAUGAUUCCAUGGUCUUAGGUCCAGAAGGAUCAAAUAUAACAUUAGAAUGCCGUUAUGGUGGUUAUCCAAUUCAUUCAAUUUCUUGGGAAAAGGGUAAUCAGCAAAUCAUAACUGAUCAUCGACGAAGUGUUGAUACACUUAAAGGCUAUUUAGCGAUUAAAAAUUUAAUUCCGGAAGAUUCGGGUUCUUAUAAGUGUACUGUGUUUGGAAUCAGCAAUUCAACUGCCUUUGGUUAUGUUUAUCUAAAUGUUGGAGCUUCACCAACAAUUGAUGAAGUCUUCUUACCAGCUUCCAGAUUAGUAGAGGAAGGAACUAAAGUGAACAUUAUAUGUUUCAUCAACAAGGGUGAUCCCGAAAUACAUUUUACAUGGUUUAAAGAUGACCAACGAUUGACCAAAAGUGAUACAUUACCACCAAAUGAUAACAAUUAUUUGAUUGAAAGGUCAAACCAUUCAUCUUCCAUUCUGUUCAAGUCAGUCCAUGUCUCAGAUAAAGGAGAUUACACCUGUCAAGCAACCAAUAAAUAUGGAUCAGAUUCACGUAAAACUCGUCUAAUUGUUCAAUCCAAGCCUAAGUGGAGGAUUGAGCCUGCUAAUAAUAUUAAUGGUACUUUAUCCAAAAGAUUAAUAAUCAAUUGUGAUGCUGAUGGCUAUCCUAAGCCUAACAUAACUUGGCUUACAAGAUCAAGUUCUUCAGAUAGAUUCAUUGCUGUAAGAGAUGGUCGAUUAAAAACCCUUGAGAAUGGUUCAUUGUUAAUUGACAGGAUAAGUGAUGAAGAUGAGACUCAGUUUAUGUGUAACGCAAAUAAUGGCAUCGGUGAUGGACUUAGUAAAAUUGUUAAUUUUAAAGUUAAUCGACCACCAAAAAUUACAGCAGAAACAAGUUCAAUUGAAGUAAAAAGAGGAAACGAGAUUUCAAUUCGCUGUGUUGGUUAUGGGGAUUUACCCAUUACUAUGGAAUGGACCAGAUCAAUAGAAAAAAUAAAAUCUAAUGAACCAAAUAGCAAAUAUUCAAUGAACACGACCAAAAUGAAAGACGUUGAUGGCAUCAUAUCAAUAUUAUCAAUAAAUUCAGUUGAAAGGACAGACGAAGAUGUUUAUUCGUGUGUAGGACAUAAUGAUUAUGGUUAUGCUUCAGUUUCGAUCAGACUAACUGUAAUUGAGAGACCUGGAAAGCCAAUUAACCUGGAGCCUGGUAAUCUAACAAGUCGAACCAUUGAGUUACAUUGGAAGCUACCUUUUGAUGGUAAUUCAAUAAUCAAACAAUGUCAUAUUGUUUAUGAGCCAGUAGAUCAGCUUGAUGUCGGCUCCAAUAAUAACCAGAUUUCUUAUGACAAUUACAAAGUGACUGUGGAUGGAGCAGUUUCGUCAACUUUAAUAUCUAAUCUUCUUCCAUUGAUUACUUACACAUUUCGUGUUUAUUGUGAAAAUGCUGUUGGGCAAAGUGAUCACAGUGAUCCAGUUAAUGUAACUACUCGUCAAGAAGCUCCUGAAGGCCCUCCACAAUCAAUCAAAGUUUCAGCCACUGGAUCACAAUCUCUGAAAGUAACUUGGACUCCAGUUUCACCUGAACUUCAACAUGGACCUAUUUUAGCUUAUUAUGUUGGAUAUAAGACUGAAUCAGCCAAUGAUCGAUAUCAGUUCAAACAUCAUGUAGUCAAUAUGGAAGAAGAACGGAAUUCACCUUCCUUUACCACUUAUCUAACCAAUUUGAGGCCUUUAACUCGUUAUUGGGUUGUUGUACAAGCAUAUAAUCAAGCAGGCUCAGGUCCUUUGUCUGACCCUGUUGUUGGUGUUACUCUUGAAACUUCACCACCAAUAUCACCUUCAAUAACAGUUGUUGGUACAACUAAUGAUUCAAUUGAGAUAGUUUGGGAGCGAGAUCCGAAAGACAAAUCAAUUAUACGAGAAUACAAUCUCUACUUUAAAGAAGAGAAUAAAAAUUCCCAUAAUAAUCAUAUCAAAUUAGAACCAGAAUUACGAAGUUAUGUGCUCAAAGAUUUAUCAUGUGGAACAAAGUAUUCAUUAUUCAUGACAGCUACAAAUAGUCUUGGAACUGGCGAACCAAGUCAGAAAGUUUCUGCUCGAACCAAAGGUGCCGCUCCGAUUUCACCAACCAGAUUAUCAUCAGUCAUUUGGACCAAUAAAACUGAAGUUAUUCUCAAUUUAGGAUUAUGGAAUAAUGGUGGAUGCCCGAUCCAUUAUUUUGAUAUAAAGAAACGUCCGAAGCAUACAAAUAUCUGGAUUCCUGUUCAUGAAAAGUUGACGAUGAAAGGUUCUAAAAAAGAGAUUGGACUUCAUCAUUUUGUCCCCGGAAUGACUUAUAUCAUUCUGGUCAUUGCUAAAAAUGAUGCUGGUGUAACUCAAUCUGAAUACCCAAUAACCAUACCGAGUCAUGAUUCAACAAUAUCUCAGUCAUCAUCUAGAAGCUCUUAUUCAUCGGCUAAAAGUAGGAAUAAUGAAUUAACUGGUGCCUACGAGGAAGUGCCUUUAUAUCGGAACAUUUCUUUCAUCGUUCCAAUCAGUCUCUCUUUAGCAAUUAUUAUUUUCCUUCUUCUUCUUGCUUUUUAUUGUGUCAAUCGACAACCACAUCCAAUUUAUAAUCAUUACUCAGAAGAUGAUGGAAAAGCAAGCAAUUCUUUAUCUCUAUCUGAUUUAUCCAAUCAAAAGCCUGGUUCUCGACUGAAUAUGUCAACCAAAUGUAUGAACAUUGACAAUGCAAUGAAGGCUGGAUCAAUUGUUUCUGGCUAUUCAACCAGCAAUCAUUUGGGAACUGAAAGGAGUUACACAACUCACCAUCAAUACUCGGAACCUUAUUCAACUGCAAGUGGAAUCGAUACUCGCUCAUCUCUUGGCUCAAAAGAUCAUUUUGCUACUAUCAAACGAGGUGCCUCGGGCCCUAGACCGUCACCUUACAUUGCCUCAUGAAAUAAGAGAUCAAUAGGUGUACAUUACUUGUUUAACUUUAAUCACUGGUUGAUCACCUUAAACAAGCCUAAUCUUCUUGCUAAAUAUCAAAAACAUAUAUCGAUAUCGGUAUUAAAAUUGUAAUAUAUAUUUUGCUACACGAACUCUUAAUUAUCAAUCGUUUUCUGCUUUACACAAUCAAUAAACAACAAAUUAAUCAAUGAAAA